AGUCCAUGGUCCUGAACGUAGUUCCCAAAGAGUACAUUGUAUAUCUAAGUAGUCUGUGGCCGUACAUUAUUGGCUCUCGAGAACUAUGACAAGUGAUUUUUCAGCUGCCCGCCACUCAAGAAAAUAAAUAAUAAAUCGUCUUGUGAGUACGUGCUUUCUUAAUUUAAUUGAUACCGCUAUUUUGAAUUUUUGAUGAUGGGCUUGUGCUGAAUUUUCUCAAUUUAAAAUUUACGUUAUAUGGUGGAAAGAUAAGGUAAAAUGGCAGGGUAUUUUGAGGAGAUGGGCUGGAGCGAGUUACGGGAUGGUGAGCAGCCAAACCAUUUAUUGCAUAUGGCUAGGUUCUUGCUGGAUGUUGGUGUGUAUGACGAAGAUUUCUCUGGACAGUGGCCCAGAUUGCCUCCACCGGCGUCCAAAAACGCAAUAGCAAAUUUACAAGAGUUCAUUAUGGAGAAUGAUGUUAAGAACUGCCCAAUCUGUCUUAAGGAUUUCAACAUUGGUGAAAAAGCUCUAGAGAUGCCAUGCCACCAUUUAUUUCAUGCUGCAUGCAUCCUCACUUGGUUGGAAAGGACCAAUUCUUGUCCGUUCUGUCGCCACGAGCUUCCUACAGAUGAUGAGGCGUAUGAAGCAUUCAAAAAGGAGAAAAAAAGGGCUGAGCAAAGAAAAGAAGACAUUGAGAUACUGCACAAUUCUAUGUUUAGCUGAUUAAGAUGUUGAAUAGUAUGUCUUUAAUAGUAUAUUGUUUUUAUGCUAUCACAUGUUAAGGGUAAGGAAGUUCAAAGGGAAACAAAAGUUAGUAAAAUUUUUUGUUGGAGUUUACUAUAUUUAAGAUGCACCGAGUUCAUUUAGAACAUUGUAAAUUUAGGGUCAAUUUACAUCGCCAUGGUAUGGAAUGGAACUGAAGCGGCAAUUUAGCCUUUUUGCGUGAGUAGACGAGCGAAUUCGCACGACUGCACUUUGUGGCUGUUGUAGAUGUUCAGUAGUUUAGUCUAGAUCUUUUGUAUGACAAGGAUGUUGGAUUAUUUCGCUUAUUUGUGAAGCAGAAGAAGAUAAAUUUGUUCAUGAUUUAUAAAAGCUUUUGGCGAAUAUUUCCAUUUUACAAAGAUUUAUAACUAUACCUGUUUUGUAGACACGUGACGCCGUACUGCGCCUCCCCUUGGCUUCAAUACCACUAGUAUUGAAGCCAAAGAAAGUUGUUAGACGCCUCCGGAACUCUCGAGAAUGCACGAGAAUUCUCUGGAAGAUGCGCGAUCUGUCUUUUGACUCGUAUCUUGUCCGUACGUUAUACAUAAAGUUCAUUAUGAUGUGUACAAUUUCAUUA